AUGCCAGCUUCCAUGCAGCUUGUCAAGAUAUGGACCAUUAUCUUGCUGGGAAUCGGGUAUCAAACUGCAGCACAAUCACCUCCGCCAUCGAACUUACCUCCAGCAACACCAGGAGUCUUUACAGCGCAAGCAAGUAUUAUCAUCGAUGCGCCAAUAGAAACCGCAUGGGAGGUGCUACUUGACUUCCCAAGUUAUCCAGAAUGGAAUCCGUUCGUUAGAUCGCAAGUUGUGACAAACACGUUGUUCAUCCCAUUGGCGGACCAAACCCCCCACGAGAGCCUACGCCUCAUUAUUCAAGCGCAAAUCCCCCCUCUUCCAUUGCCGGUGGAUGCAGAUACGCCACCGAAUCUGCUCCAUUCGCAGACGUCGUACGAAAACAUCACGACAAUAGACGCGAGCAGCCACAGGGCAGCAUGGAGGCAGAUAAUGAUCCCUGGGGCGGUGUUGAAUGCAGAGCGAUGGCAGGCGCUGAGCCCAGUGGCUGGCGGGGGUACAUACUAUGAGGCGCGGGAGGUGUUCUCUGGGCCAGUUGGAUAUGUCGUGGAGACGCUGUUUGCGGAGGGAUUGCAGGCAGGAUUCGAAGCACAGGCGGUCGCUUUUAAGGCCCGUGUGGAAGGCUUAAUUUACUAG